UAGAGGGCGACAUUUUCUUAAUGAUCGCGCGUGUGGAUUUGUUUGUGUCGUUGAAAUUUUAUGAAAAUCGCUUAUAAUUUGAAGCAAUGGCUGCCAAAAGAAAGCCAGAUGCGCAGAUCCCAGAGGAGGAAAGUGACCGUUUGAUUGUUCGACCAUUGGGUGCUGGUCAAGAGGUCGGGAGGUCAUGCAUAAUGCUCGAAUUCAAGGGCAAGAAAAUUAUGCUUGAUUGUGGAAUCCACCCUGGUCGUGAUGGCAUGGACUCUCUACCUUACUUUGAUCUCAUCGACCCUGAAGAGAUAGACCUUCUUCUUGUUAGCCACUUUCACUUAGACCACUGUGGAGGUUUGCCAUAUUUUCUAAAGAACACUCAGUUUCGUGGACGAGUUUUCAUGACCCAUGCGAGCAAAGCUAUUUACAGAUGGAAUCUCUCGGAUUAUGUCAAAGUCAGUAACCUAUCAGCAGAGCGUAUGCUGUAUACCGAUGCAGACCUCCAGACGAGCAUGGACCGGAUCGAAACAGUUAAUUUCCACCAGGAAGUCGAUCUGAAUGGGAUACGUUUCUCAUGUUUUCAUGCCGGUCAUGUCCUGGGGGCCUGUAUGUUCCUGAUAGAGAUUGCUGGCGUCAAGAUACUCUAUACAGGUGACUUCUCACGCCAAGAGGACCGGCAUCUGAUGCAGGCCGAGUUGCCCAAUAUCAAACCAGAUAUUCUCAUUACGGAAUCCACCUACGGCACUCACAUACAUGAGAAACGGGAAGACCGAGAGGCGCGAUUCACAAGCACAGUCCAUGACAUAGUCAACAGAGGAGGGCGCUGUUUAAUACCCGUCUUUGCCUUGGGGCGAGCGCAGGAGCUUCUUCUGAUUCUUGAUGAGUAUUGGUCAAAUCACCCUGAGCUUCAUGACAUUCCAAUCUACUACGCCUCAUCUCUGGCUAAGAAGUGCAUGGCCGUCUACCAAACAUAUAUAGAUGCUAUGAAUGAGAAGAUCCGAAGACAGAUCAAUGUUAGCAAUCCAUUUGUAUUCAAGCACAUUUCAAACCUGCGUGGGAUGGACCACUUUGAUGACGUUGGGCCGUCCGUUGUCAUGGCGAGCCCUGGUAUGAUGCAGUCAGGCCUGUCAAGGGAGCUGUUCGAGAACUGGUGCACUGACCGGCGCAACGGUCUCAUUAUCGCGGGUUAUAGUGUGGAAGGCACUAUGGCUAAGCAUGUGAUGUCAUCGCCCGAGGAGAUCCAGACUCUUAGCGGUCAGAAGGUUCCACUGAAGAUGUCCGUUGACUACAUCUCAUUCUCUGCUCACGCUGAUUAUGAACAGACAUCAGAGUUUAUCAGAGCUCUUAAACCUCCUCAGAUUGUUCUGGUCCAUGGUGAAGCAAAUGAGAUGAGUAGAUUGAAAGCUGCUAUUUUGAGAGAAUACGAGGAUGACGACGAGUAUAACAUCCAGGUCCAUAACCCUCGCACAACCCAAGCUGUUGAACUCUACUUCAGGGGAGAGAAAAUGGCAAAGGUGAUGGGUAGCCUUGCAGCUCAGCGCCCUAGGCACAAUAGCAAGAUAUCGGGGAUCCUUGUCAAGAGAAACUUUAACUAUCACAUCAUGGCACCGUCUGACUUAUCAGAGUACACGGAUCUAGCUGUUAGCAACGUAACCCAGCGCCAGAGCAUCGCCUACCAUGCCCCGCUCUCUCUUCUCACGCACUACCUCACCCAGUUGUCGACCGACCUGGAAUAUACGGAGCUCAACGACAAGCCCGCUCUCCGUAUCUUUGGUGAAAUCAACAUUGUCCAUGACCCAGCUGCAAGGGUUAUAACAUUAGAAUGGGUUGCCAAUGCUGAGAAUGACAUGUACGCUGAUGCUGUCAUGACGGUAGUAGUGAGGGUUGCUUCCGAUCCAGACGCUCAGAAAUUCAAGCAGUUACCAGCCAAAAACGACAGCCAGGUAUUCAGCGAACGUCUCAUGGUCCUGCUAAGGGAUAUGUUCGGUCAGAGUACUGUUACAAACUUUGCUGACAGUGAUGAUCUUCUUGUCUGUAUGGACGGCAAAGAAGCACAAGUCAACAUCGAAUCCCUGGAGGUGAAGUCUGAGGAUAAGCAGCUGAAGUCCAUGGUCACAACUGCUAUGAAAAGAUUGCAUGAAGCGAUUGACCCUGUUGCUAUCGCCACCUAGAAGAUGGGAACUAGAAAACCAGCUAUUAGAACUAGGUACCCGAAUUGAUAGUUCUUGACUACCUAGUCAACUACCUAGAAUAUUUAUAAUGGAGGACUGAUUGUUGGACAUCAGGGGUGUAGUGAAGGUCGGCUUCUGGUCCAGAUUUUGCCGGCCUCGGCCUUGGGUUGAAUCACAUAUGUACAAAGUCUAUUGGAGAAGUUAUUCUCCAGCUGCCUUGUGACUUGUAAGAAAUAGCCUUGACUUCAUCAGUGGUUGGCACUACCAGCAGCGGCUCAUAAUGUCCAUAUUACCUUCCAUGAAGGGAAGUGAUAAUUUAGAACACUGUGGACCAGAUUUCAGGUAUCUAUCGACCCUGCUGAUGUCACCUCUUAUCAGCACAAAACGUCAAGAUUCCUGUUGAGGAAGGCUGUAAUAAGCAUCGAUAUCAAAAAGCUGGUUGUUGUGGUUCCAUGAUAUUUGCUCCGGUGACGAUUGCUUCGCUACAAAGUCCACACAUUAAUGGAAUGACCAACUUCAACCCUGGAUUUAACACUAUGCCCUAUCCUAAACCUAACAUAAACCCUAUUGCAACCCUAACCCUCUAUCUUAACAAAACAAAACUCGAAGCAAUUGUCGCAGGAGCAAAUGUUGUGUCACCGGAUGGUGCGACAUGAGGUCAAAGAAUGGAUUUGAAGCUUCAUGCUAUCGGCCGAUACGAAAUGAUGAGGUUAUAUGAAACAAUAAACCUUGAUGCUAUCAGCACCUGGAAGGUCGUUGAGGUUGAACUGCUUCAAAGACCACUUCUGCUGCUCUCAGCCUUUCUGAGUUUGGAGGAAAGAGUAUGAAUUUUUUUACCGUUUUGAUUUUGAGUUCGUUUCAAAAUGAUAUUCUUUGUUUUAAAUGUUACCACACAUUCCUUUUAGAAAUGGGUUUGGGAGGUCUGCAAAAGACACAAAAACUCACCUACUGUCAGUGAUGUCCAUUGUCUUGUUAUAAACUAUUGAAAAUCAUAGUAUCUGAUUGACUGAGAGCAAAUUAGUCUGUGAAAAUUACCAACCAAAUUUUUAUGAAAUGCCUCCCUGAUCUUAAUCAUUUAAUCACAAUCGCCACUGUGUCAUGAAAGAGAAUUUCCUGUUGUUUUACAAUUUUUUUUUUCUAAAGCCCCAGUCACAUAUAGACCCCGAAUCUGAUCCGGGGUGGUCCGGGGAGAGAUCCGUGUUGGCGCCUUGGGCAUCCUUGGAGGUCCAGGGUGGUCCGUGUUGGUCCUUGAACGUCCGGGAGGCCAACACGGCAGUUUUUUACUGUCAAAAACAUCUGGCGUCAUCCGUGGACUGCCGGGUUGGCAAAGCCAUCCGGGAUGGUCCGUGAAGGUUCCGUGUGGCUGCCGUGUAGCCACACGUGGCUGCCUGGAGUAUCCUUGGCAGUCCGUGUUCUUUUUUCCCAUCAAAUCUUUACAACGCUAUUUACUUUAUGAACUUUUCAGGAGUUGUUAAACAGUUGACACAAACAUGCUUAAUUUAUUUAUGAUUAAAUGGAUGAUUUAACGAUUCAGGAUAUUUUCUUACGCUUUGGAGAUUGGCCCCAACCUAAUAUUUGUAAACUUAGUGCAUGUAUCAAUAAUUCUUUUUUUUUUAAAUAUUUACCCCAACUUUGUCUGUUAUUACUAUUUCACAUUUCAUUUUCUUAAAAUAAAUGUUAUGUACCUGUUACAUCAAAAUUGUACAUUAAGUUUUAUACCACUUCCCUGCAUCGACAGUUAUGCGUCAGGACCUGGGCCUAUCUUAAUUUUUAUUAUGUUUUCUAUUGACUUUGUAAAUUUCUUUCCUUUACUGUGAUUUCAAUAAAGUGAUAUGAAAUCAAAUCGAAAUUAGAUUUGUCGUUCAAUAUUUAAAGUACUUAACAACUACUGUUCAAACAGUAAACUCCGUUUUAUAAAAAAACAGCGUUUUUACUGGUUAAGGAAGUUUUAAGUUUUGAUAUCUUUUUUAAAAACAACAUAAUAUAAUGUUGCGACAAGGAUGAAAAAAAAUAAAUAAAUAUCAGCUCAUUAUUAUGAACAGAUUUUCAUUUGCCGUGCUGGUCAAUAUAGCUGCCAUGUUGGUCCUUGAGCUGACGUGUCGGUCCGUGUAGCUGACGUGUUGGUCCGUGUUGCUGACGUGUUGGUCCUUGUUGGUCCUUGUAGCUGACGUGUUGGACCGUGUAGAUGCCGUGUUUACAGUCAUCAACGCUCAAUCCGGGGCAAAACGAUCCAGGACCUCCCCGGAUCAUGCUGGCAUUGCCGUGUUGUUCCGUGAGGAUCCGUGUUUAUAUGUGACUGGGGCUUAACCGGAAGUCAUAAAAACAUUAUUUUACAGAAUUAGAAUUUGUUGGGUAAAGUUUUGCAACCUGGAACCCCCACACCUUCAUAGAAGAGAAAUAACUUUUAAGGAAAGUUGACUUGUGAUGUGGCACACGUAAGAGAUACUUCAAAAUGGUCAAGUUCUUCAUGAAAUUCUGCAAAUUCACAAAUUUUCAGAUUAUGACUGUUGUAAAAACCUGUGUAUGUACAAGUACUCUAAACAGAUGUAAAUAUAUUUUUGUUCUUAUUAUUAAACGAGUAUGAAAAGCAA